AUGGAUCAUAAGAUUGACAGCGUUGGCAGCCUCAACGAUCGCCUACUGUUCGCAGUACCAAAGAAAGGACGUCUUCACCAACCCUGUCUGGACUUGCUUUCAGGCUCAGACAUACAGUUCCACCGGCACAACCGACUGGACAUUGCCUUGGUCAAAAAUCUCCCACUAGCAUUGAUCUUCCUUCCUGCUGCAGACAUUCCCACAUUCGUAGGCGAAGGUCGCGUUGAUUUGGGAAUCACUGGACGAGACCAGGUCGCUGAGCACGAGGCCGACACUCCACCUACCGACACGACCGGCGUGGUGGAAGUGAUGAACCUGGGCUUCGGCAGCUGCAGAUUGCAAGUUCAGGUGCCUGAAAAUGGACCCAUUCAGACGUCUGAUCAACUCGUUGGGAAGAAUGUUGUGACCAGCUUCACUGCGCUCUCAAAAGCUUAUUUUAGGGAUCUGGAAGCGCAGCGAGCGAGGAUGACCCCGCAAGCGAAUGGCGAUGCAAGUAAAGACCUUCAGACGACGAUCAAGUUCGUUGGCGGUAGUGUGGAGGCAGCCUGUGCUCUGGGAGUGGCAGAUGGUAUUGUCGACUUAGUGGAAUCCGGCGAAACCAUGCGAGCCGCAGGCCUGAAAGCCAUCGAUACCGUGGUGGAGUCUACAGCAGUACUUAUCAGCUCAAAACACCCAUCGGACCCGAAACUGCUGAAAAAGAUCACGAGCCGGAUCAAGGGGGUCAUCACCGCGCAGCGAUUCGUCCUGUGUACAUACAACGUCUCACGGAAACUCCUGACGAAAGCCUCCCACAUCACUCCCGGCAAGCGCGCACCAACUGUCACGGCGCUCGAGGAGGAGGACUGGGUUGCGGUGCAAGCGAUGGUUGAGCGGAAGCAGAUCGCCAACGUGAUGGACGAGUUGGCGGAGCUGGGUGCAACGGACAUUCUGGUGACGAAGAUUGACAAUUCCAGGACGACGUGGUAG